UAAAGGUCUAAGGUUAGCCUUGGGGGCUCUGAAAUCUACUCCAACAGCUACUCUGUUAGCAGAGUGUCAGGAACCUCCAUUACACUUGAGAAGGUUAUUCUUAGCAGAAAAGUUCAUUAUAAAAUGCAGCUUCAAUGACCAAACUGCACUCACAAGAAAAGUAGCUCAACUAACCACCCUCAACUUGACGCUUCCAUGAUGGCAAAAUAAAAACUCUCCUACACUUGCUGAAGCAUACCCCAACAUCUCUCUGUACAACAUAGAAGGAGAUAAUAUACCAUUUUUCAAGUCUCAAUACAAUAUUUCAUUCUCAAAUUUAGAGACAUACAUCACCGUUGCUGAAAAUCCUCCCAUCAUGAAGCAAUUACUCCACGAUCUAAUACAAAAAUUUGUGACUCCUUGUAGAAUCUACACAGACGGAUCCAAAUCUGAGCAAGGCGUAGGGUGUGCUGUAUUUAUAGAAGACGAGAAAGUGUCUCUAAAGUAUAAACUGGAUCCCAUCUGCUCUAUAUUCACCGCUGAGCUAGCAGCCAUAGAUCUGGCUCUUGAGUGGGUAGUCUGCAAUCGUCCGUCAUACCAAAAAUUCAUUAUUAUGUCAGACUCGCAAUCAGCUAUACGCGCAUUACAAAAUGCGCCUUUUCACAUAUACCACAACAAAACCAUAGUCUCAAUACUGGAGAAGGAGUCUCAAUUAAGACAACUAAGGAAAUCGGUGGCAUUUAUAUGGAUAAAAGGUCAUGCAAGAAUUGAGGGGAAUGAAAUGGCAGAUCGACUGGCUAAGGUAGCCGCCUCGUCCGGAGAAGAAAAACAAUACGUAACUAAAACUGACAUAGCCUCGUCGAGGAAGCUUAAUAUGAAAAAGAGCUGGCAAAUGGAAUGGACUAAUUUCUGUACCAACAAUAAUAACCAAUACUGCAAAAUUUAUCCAAACCUCCCUGACUCCCCAAUAGAGCUCAGAAGCCACGUCAAUAGGAGAGUACACUCAAUGUACUUCAGAUGUUUGGUCGGACAUGCUACAGUAAAAGCUUACCUGCACCGCUUUGGUCUCGAAGAAUCGGAUACAUGUAGCUGUGAUGGGAAUAGGGAUGAUAUCAAUCAUUGGUUGUUCCAAUGCAAAUUCAACUCAACCGCUUCAGUUUAUAUGAUGAGUGAGCUGGCUACACUUGGUGUUCCAUUUCCUCAAAGUCAAACCUCCCUUCUGUAUUCAAGCACUCACAAUUCAUCAAUUCGAAAAACUCUAUGGGACUUCUUCAAGAGAGCCAGACGGAAAAUAUAA